CUGCGGUAGAAGGCCGGAUGUUGGCCGUAGAAAAUGGUGUCUUGUGAUUAGUUAAAAUCACGAAACCGAUAUCGCGCUUCAGUUAGUCGUCGAUGUACCGUCUCUGAAAGUGCGCGCGGGCUCGGAAAAGCUUCAGCAGUACCUUCCAUUUUUGCCUUCAGAGAUUCAGUACUAUAUAUAUUCAGUAAUAUAACAGCGACACCAUAGCAGUAUAGCAUUCAGCAAUAUUACAUUUUUGUCUUCGGAAAUUAUCAUGCGCCUUCGCGGUCUCGUUCUUCCCUUCAUCUCGAUCGUUUGCGUCUCCAUGUCGGCAGUGACCGAUGUCGAGUCGCAGGAAUCGUCCCUUAAGAUCUCACCGAAACCGAUAAGCAUGGUCUGGAAUAUAUAUCUGAAAGAUCUGUCAGACAGGUGGAGAAUGCUGUAUCCGGAACUCCAAACAGCGGAGGCCCACGAGCUGGGAGAGAAAACAUUCUCGAACGACAAGUUGGGACUAGAUUCCAACGAUGAGUUCGAAUACCUCGACAAAUAUUUCGGCGUCGCAGCGAGGAUGAGAUCAGCGGCGAACGAGAGAGAGGAGGGCAGAGCGCAGAAUAACAUUGCAACGCGUAAGAAGUUUGUCCCACUUCGGAAUAUUAUCAAAGAGCCCACCUACUGCCAGGAAGGCGAACGGAUGGACAUUAACGGAAAAUGCAGAUUCGUCAUACCAACCAAACCAGAAAAGAGUUGGGAAAGUGAGAGACUGAACGAUCAUCAAGUCUUCGUUUAGCGACGCCACUUCGGGUAGGAUUUCAAUAUACUGAAAAUGUAUGGAGUGAAAUCGAUGUUAUAAAUAAAACAAUAUUACCGGUC